AUGUCAGUCAGAACCUUAGAACGUGAAGAACCAAACUAUUUUGGUGCUGGACCAGCAUUAUUACCAACUUCUGUCCUUCAAGAGGCUGCCUACGAUUUGAUUUCUUACCAAGGUGAAAACUUGGGAGUUGGUGAAAUCUCACAUCGUUCCAAACCAGCCAUUCAAGUGAUAGAUGACACCAAGGCUCAUCUCAAAGAGUUAAUGAACAUCCCAGAUACUCACGAAGUUUUCUUCAUUCAAGGUGGAGGUACCAAUGGGUUCUCCACAAUUGCUUACAACUUGAUUGCUAACUACGCAAAGAAGACUGGUAAGAAGGGUAAGGCUGCAUAUGCAGUUACCGGUUCAUGGUCGAAGAAGGCUGCUGAAGAAGCUUCAAGAUUGGGUUUUGAUGUCGAUGUAGUGGUCAACACCAAGGACUCCAAAUUCACCACCAUUCCAGAAUAUUCUGAAUGGAAGUCGAUUGACAAGGAAUCAACUGCUUAUUUGUAUGUUUGUGACAACGAAACCGUUCAUGGGGUUGAAUUCCACAGUGUUCCAGGUUCAGACUACCUUCCAGAAGGUGUUGAACUUGUUGCUGACAUGUCUUCCAACAUUUUAUCUAGAGAAAUAGAUGUUUCCAAAUAUGGUCUUAUUAUGGCUGGUGCUCAAAAAAAUAUUGGGUUGGCUGGUUUAACAAUCUAUAUCAUGAAGAAGUCGUUGUUGGAACAAGCCUCCGAUGAUGAAUUGAGAGCUUUGAACAUUCCAUUGGUGCCAAUUGCGUUCCAUUACCCAACCGUUGUUCUGAACAACUCUGCUUACAAUACCAUCCCAAUUUUCACCUGUCAUAUUUUAAAGCUUGUACUUGCCAAGGUCUUGAAGGAAGGUGGUGUUAGUGCCAUUGAAAAGAUUAAUAACGAAAAGGCUAAGAUCUUAUACACAGCCUUGGACAAAUAUCCAAAUGUUUACAAGGUGCCAGUAAAGACCGAUGUUCGUUCCAAGAUGAACGUUGUUUUCACAUUGGUUGACAACGAAAGGGAAGCUGCUUUCAUUUCAGAAGCUGCCGAACAAAAACUCACCGGGUUGAAGGGUCACAGAUCUGUGGGAGGUAUGAGAGCUUCUAUCUACAACGCUGUGACUUUAAAGAGUGUUGAAUUAUUGGUUGACUUUAUUAACAAGUUUGCCGAAAAUAAAUAA